AUGGCCUCGAACUCGGCAGAAUUCGCGAUCAAGGUUAUCGACUGCUUUUACGAAUUGCCGUCCACUGAUGUUCUCUCCCUCCAGACGGAAGUGAUGGACGUUGAGUCUUCUGCUCCCUUAUCACCAGCUCAUUCUUCCUCUGCGCCCUCUGAGCUUCCACCCAUCUAUGGUCAGGAGGUUUCGGAAGAGUGGAUAGAAGCGCACACGCAAUUGACUCAGGAAAUCUCGUCUCUGCGUGAACAACUGUUGCGUCAGCCACCACCCUCUUCAGAGGUCGAGGUUGCAUCGUUAUCGGAGUCUGCGCAGAACCUUGCCUCGCAGAUUGUGGCCCUCCAACGGGGUGUGGAGAGUCUGCACCAAUUCGCCUCCCAAUUGGCUCAAAUAACACGAGCAGCUGACCAAAUUCAAGAGGUCUCGGAGAAGCUUGCGGCAUUGUCGACAGAGGAGGCGACAGGGCGACCUCUGAAGAUCCUCCAGGAGGUCUGCAUGUCGGUGGGACGACGCUUCACUCUGGCCAUUUUCAAACCUGACGUGCAGCGAAUUGAGGUCUACCGCCAGUACGCGGAAGAGGCCAUUCGAGGGAGCGGUUUGAAACCACUGGUCUACCGCGAAUUCCGUAUGUCUCGAGGACGCGCGGAGGACUUUUAUGCUGCACAUCGAGGCAAAUUCUUCUACCAGCGUCUCGUCAACUACAUGAUCGCGUAA